UGCAUUCAGCACGAUAGGUGCCAUGAUAUCGAUCAAGUUUAUGGAGGCUAUCGUGUUCACAGGUGCGUUUAUUAACGACCGAUUGAAAAUUCAGAACUGGCACUCAGAGUACACGAGGAAGAAAUUCAGCGACGUGGUCAACUGUACUGCAAGAAACGUUGACGCGAACGCAUGUCGAAGUGCUCUACUACAGAUGGAUUAUCCGCAUCUACUAGAGGAGUUGACUAUGAUGUCUGGUGGGCUGUCACUUGCAUACAAGGGAUACCUAAUAUUCAUGGCCAAGUACGAAGAAGAGUUUGUGAACUCUAACAUUCCUGACAUGAAGCUCACCUUAAACCAAUAUUUCUUUCUGCAGUUUGCUAUGAACUUCUGCACGACGAAGCGAAAAGAAUACAACAGUAUGCUGAACCUGACAGGCUUAGACAGUAAGCUUCGACGCAACCGCUAUUCCCGUUGCGGCGAAGACCACCCGCCGGCCCAGCAAGACGCCCAGCCCAACUGCCAGGCCCGCUGCAUUUUUGUAGCGUCUACACUGGCCUAG